AAGAAAGUCCCAAACAUAAACAAGCCACAUAAAUUGUGCUGAGUUAAACUAGAUAUUUCACAAAUCCUAAUUAACGUUGAGUAUCAAUGCUACUGCCCGAAAAAUGUCUGCGAUAUUCAACUCUAGAGAUAUUCUCUCUUACUGCCGUAUUUGUCUCAAACUUGUGAAAAAUGACCAUCAAUCAGUGCCAAUCACCGAAUCGGCGAAUGGGCUUACACUGUUGGAAUUGUUAAAAGACCUAGUUUACGAAUUGCCACAGGAAGACACGGUGGUCGGACACCUCUGUAAACCGUGUAGCGACAAGCUUCAAGAUCUGUAUAAUUUUCGUGCUCAAUGCAGUGAAGUCCACAAAUUCAUUUCCGCAGCUCAAGCUGCGAAUAAGUCUUACAGUGAAACUCCCCUAAUUGAAUUACUAGAGCACAGUGACUCGCAAGAUCUUCGGUUACACCUUUCCCGGUUAGGAAUUCUUUCUAAAAUUGAUGUCACUGCUGAAGAAUUCCUCGCGGAGAUAGGUUUUAUGAAGAAAGAGGUUGAAUUCGAGUCUGAAGAAUAUAAGGAAUUUAAAUUGGAAGAACCACCCGCCGACGAUUCUGAAGUGGAGGUGAAGUGUCCUCCUUCGGAAGAUGAGUUUAAUUCUGACUACAGUGACGACAGACCUCUGGCUGAGAUUAGUCGAAGUGCUCCUGAGCAAAAACAUGAUAUUCGGAAAUUCAGAAAAGAUGUACAAAAAAUCGGCAUUUGCCCUGUGAAAGACUGCCAGGAACAGCUAGGAGAACAACGAUACAUAGAUCACCUCAAACAGUACCACCGAUAUGGGUGCAAACAAUGCGGAUUAGUUUUAAGCUCGAAGUACACCAUGGGGAAACAUGUCACGAUGCAUGUAAACCUUCCAGCGACAGUUAAGUGCACAUUUUGCGAACGCAUGUUUCCGAAUGUGUAUAAAAUGCGUGCACAUGCAAAGGAGGUUCAUUUGCAGCGCGCUAACAACUACGAAUGUGACGAGUGUGGCCAAAAGUUUGAAAGUCGAAAACUAUUGACUGUACAUAGGCAAUUACAUGUUCCAGAAAAAUGCUCAGAAUGCGGUGUGAAAUGUGACCAUCCAAGCAAAUUGCUUUACCACAUUAAAAAGGAUCACCCUGAAAAGCUUCUGAGCUGUUUUCACUGCACACGAAGGUUUCUCAAGCAGUCUGUCCUCGAUCGUCACAUGCUUAGUCAUACAGAGAACACAAUGGACAGCCCAGAGGAUGCCUACGAUCUGCUUACGGUAAAAAUGAUUGCCACCUUCCCCUGUCACCAAUGUGAGAAAAAAUUCAUAACCGAAGCAUACCGUCUAGCCCACAUGUCCGUCCAUGAUCCCGCGAAACGGCCGAGAAAGGUAAUAAAAAAGCGCUCUAAAGAGGAACUUCAAAAGCUAGAGUACAAUUAUCAUUGCAAGCAAUGCGAUGCCUCGUAUCGUGUGCCAACAUCACUGGAGUCACACAUGAAGACACAUACGGCCUCACCGUUCGUUUGCGAUAUCUGUGGAGUAUUCUUGAAAACGAAAACAUAUCUCAAGCAACAUGUGAUCUAUCGUCACUCGAGAGAUUUCCGAUAUUCUUGUGACUUCUGUCCGAAGACAUGUGCGACCAGUUCGGACCUGCAGCGCCAUCGUCGGGUGCACACAAACGAGCGACCGUACAAGUGUGAUCGGUGUGAGGCUCGGUUCAAAACCAACGACGGAUACCGGAAGCAUAUGAGGUCCCACACGGGGGAGAAAAUUUAUCGUUGCGACCUGUGCGAUCGGAGCUUCAUGUGCCACGGUAGUUUGAAAACGCACAAAAUUUCGCACACCAAUGAGAAGGCAUUCAAGUGUUUCUAUUGUGAUCAGUUCUUCAAUGUGCCGAAGAAUCGACGGAGGCACAUAUUACGCGUCCACCCGGGACAAUCAACCAGUGGAGAACCAGAUUGAGAAGAUUAUAACGGGCAAGGCUCGUCCGAUUUUUAUGAAAUUACUAGCUGACCUGGCAAACUUCGUCCCGUCCAAAAAAUAUUUUUCGUUAUCACAUCCACGUUUUCUUACUAACAACCGCAGAAUUGUACAUUGAUUGAUCUUCUAAUCUACCCUUUAAAAUUACCUUUUACUAUAAAAUUACUAGUACUUCUACCAAAACUCGUCAUUAUAAUAUCAGAUUAUUUUCAGACACAAUUCUCGUUCAAGAUCUUUCAACCACUUGCGAAUAACAUGUUUCUCCGUUAAGGUAGGUUUAGAGUUCCCAUGAACGUGAACGCGGACAAACACUUUUUUGUUAAUAAUUCAUAAGUCCAUAUAUAAAACGCGAGGAAAACAUCUUGAAACAAUAAGAUGAAACAUUUGCUAGUUAUAAAACAUGUUUAAACACAAUUCAUAUUGAUAAAAGUGGAUGAACUCAAUAUUUCACAACGAUUCUGAAUUUCCACCGUGGAAUCGAGAUGUUGGUGAACUCACCAUAGUUCACCGACUUCGGUGAACGUGAACGUGAAAAAAGUGGUGAAUAUAGACGUCAAAAUAUUUCCCCGUUCAUGUUCACGUUCGAAUGUCCCAAGGCAUUCUGAAAAUUAUUUCACCGUGAACUUAAAAGGAUAUGUUUAGCAAUUCUCAAGUUUUCAAUGAAAAUUUUGAUAUGGAUGCAAUUUCCUUCAAUCGGAUCUUUGCGCGGGUUGAAAAACUUCGUUGCUUCGGAUUGAUUCGUGAACAAUUGUAUAUUUUAUCCGAAUUACUUUAUUGAAGAUCGAUGUUUAUUUACUUCACGUUUACUGCAGAACUUUCAAUAUGAACGUGAACGUGAACAAAAUCAUUCUAUUCACCACGAUUUUUUUAGUUGUUUGUUCGCAAUGUAGUUCACCGUGAACUGAUCGUACUAUUCCACCACCUGUUCAAGUUCACGUUCACGGGAACUCUAAACCAGGCUUUACAUGGAAUAAAUGUUUGAUACAGAAAAUAUGAUAGAAUAAAGACAGCCCUAAAUCGGACAAUUUCUUUCUUGAGUUUUGCAACACAUUCGGCGAUCCAUU